AUGGAGCAGCAACGGUCACCGGUGGUGGAGCCGCAGGAGGGGAACUUGGAGCGCAGACUGCGAGACCUGACCUUAAAAUGGUUCACUGACACGCAGGCCCCUCUCAUAGCACGUGAUGGCACCGUCCCACCCUGGUUCCAAGGGUACAUCAGCAGAAAAGGGCAGGAUCGAUGUCGCCACUUUGUCAUAACGCAGAACAAGUCCGGGCAGUUCGCCGUCUCUGGAGACACGGAGACUCACGACAGCCUGGCCAACCUGAUUGAGUACUACAAGAGCUGCCCCAUCGAGCCCUUUGGAGAGAAACUGACCACUUCCUGUUUUCAGACCCCCAGCAGCGAGGUGUAUGACGUGGUCCAGGUUGACCUGAAGGACAGGCCAACUGUCAGCAUGAAGGCCAUGAAGGACAUGUGGAGCAUCCGCACCCCCCACCAUGGUCCUAAACACUCACCUGACCAUGCACCCAACAACGCCCCUGACCAUGCCUCUGAUCGGGAAUUCAACUGCACCCCUGACCGUACACCCAACUGCACCCCUAACCACACACCCAACCGCACCCCUGACCGCACACCCAACCGCACCCCUGACCGUACACCCAACCCCACCCUUAACCACACACCCAACCGCACCCCUGACCGUACACCCACCCGCAUCCCUGACUGCACACCCAACCGCACCGCUGACCGCACACCCAGCCGCACACCAUACCAGGACUGCCCUCCAGCACUACCACCCAAGACCUGCAACAGGAGGGCAGCCCCUACAAUUUCUUAUGACUUGAACACUCCUCCAGAGGAAGUCAAGCCCACGGGUGGUGUGGUCCCGGCAAUGGGCACGGUGUACUCAGAGCUGAACCUGGAGACUUUCCGGAGUGUUUCCUUACCUAUCCUUGACAAUAGCCAGGGGAUGCAGCACCCCUACAGGCAGGCUGCCUUCAAUCCCCCAAAACUGCCAUCCAGCCCCUGCAAGCGAGCUACCUGCCAGACCUAUUCCCUUCUGGACCCACGAGAGCACAGUCUCCAGUGGGCUGCCCAGGGCCUGCCCAGCAGCAGCAGCCUGGACAAGCUGAACAUCAAUCCCCUGUACCAGACCACUUGGGAGGACUGUCAAUGGGUGCCCCACAGCUGCGUCCCGGGCCCUGUGGAGCCCCGCCAUCCUUCUGGGUCCCAGCAGGACCAGGACACCUACGACCAAGUCCCCCACGAGCCCCCACCAGCCCGCUUCCUCAUUGACAACACCUAUGAGCUGAUCCCAGAUCAGAGCUUCCAGGGAAGCUCCCGCACCCACCCGUCCAUCAGCAACACUUAUGAGCUGAUCCAAGAUCAGUGCCUCAAGGAUGAUCUCAACAGCAACACAUAUGAGACACUCAAUGACCUGCAGCCCAAACACUCAGAGUCUGGUUUGGGAAUAAAGGUAGGGCCACCAUAA